AUGCUCUUAGGAUACUGCGGCAGUGGAUACUAUGGAAUGCAAUACAACCCACCGUAUAAAACAAUUGAAGGUGAGAUUCUUACCAAGCUCUUCGAAGUAGGAGCGAUUUCCGAGGAAAAUUCGUCGACACCGAAGAAAAACUCCUUCAUGGCUGCGGCAAGAACAGAUAAGGGUGUACACGCCAUGUUAAAUUUACUGUCGCUAAAGAUCUCACUGCAAGAAGAUACGGUUGCGAAGUUGAACGCCGUGCUACCGCCCGAAAUACGCGUGUGGGGUAUUCAGCCUGUCAAUAAGAAGUUUAACGCCAGAUCCGCGUGCGACUCUCGAUGGUAUGAAUACCUUAUCCCAGAAUUUGUACUCAUUGGUCCACCCCGGAGUUCUGUUUUGCAUAAAAACGUGGGGGUAUGCUACCGCGAAGACGGCUCGCAAGAGGUGUGGGAUGCGUUCCUGGAACAGACGCGUGAGAGAUUCAGCGGGGAUGAGCUGUGCCGUUUGCAGGACACUGCACAGAAACUAAGUGAGAGCGAUCCUUUAGUACAAGACUAUGUGGGGCUCUUGAGCGGCACCCUUAGCGGCUACUGCUUGCCUCGCUCGAAGCUGUACGCUUUCGAGGCGGCCAUGCAGGAGUACGUGGGGACGCAUAAUUUUCACAACUUCACGACAGGCAAACUUUCUGGGGAUCCCAGUGCGCAGCGCCAUAUUAAGGAGAUUGUAGUGUCGCAAGCUUCACCGCGAUGGAUAAGUGUCCGGAUCCACGGGCAGUCGUUUAUGCUUCAUCAGAUUCGACGAAUGGUAGCGCUUGCCGUGCUUGCUGCCCGUUGUCAAUUACCGCCUAACCUUGUACGUAACCAUUUUAACGCCGGGGCUAGGAAGUACAUUCCGAGAGCACCCGCGCAAGGCUUGCUACUAGAGGGACCCGUGUUUGACCGGUAUAACACUAAGUUGCGCAAACUGCUAUAUUGCGAAAUCCGCCCGGACAAUAUUACUCUUGAGCGCAUGUGCCGUUUCCGGGAACGCCGGAUCUAUACUGCGAUCGCACACGAGGAGACGGAGCGUCACGUGUUUUGCCACUUUGUACGACAGAUGAACCGCCUGGCCACGCUCUAA